AUAUCACUAUCCAUGGUUUCAGCAAGCGUACGCUUGAAGAGGUCCACAGUCUUGAGCCCGCCAAGAAGAUCCAGAAGCAACCGGAGGUAACGCCAGUCAACACAAAAGAUAGUGCAGUACUUCCAGAACACGAGCCCAAUAUCAGAUCUACCGAUCAAGCACCAAUCAGUGAACUGGGUAUGAACAGUGAGGACAGUUCCAGACCAAUCAAAAGGCAGAGAUUAUGUGGAGACGAAUCGGAAGCGACAGUUGGGAUGAAAGACACACAUAAUUACAGACAUGUGUAUUUAUGGGACCUUGACGAGACCCUAAUCAUAUUUGCGUGCUUGCUGGUGAAGGAUGUAUCCCGUUUUAAAACCGGUACAGUGGAAACAGCACGGGCUAGCUUAUAUGCUGAAAAUGCCACAGAUACCAUAGGUGCCACAGACACAGCAAUGGCAAAUGAAGGCUAUGAGAUGGGUCAGCUUAUGGAGCAGCUGAUAUACCAUCUUGCAGAUAAACACAUGUUCUUCGACGACUUACAAG